AUGGAUUCUUCUUCUUCUCCAGACCCCUCCAGCCAGAACUCGCCCCAGCCAGACCGGAAUCCGCCCGGGAUCGCCAAAACUAAUCUGGCCCAUCGACCGGCCAGUCGAAAUAAAGCCUCAGACUCCGCUGCCAACACCACCAAUGCCCCUAUUCCCGAUGACGAACAUGGUUCCGACUUGCCGCUGACCAUGUCUGCCUCCGUGGUGCUAACCAGUCUUCCACGGGACGCUCAUCAAGCACUAGCGGAUGCCGAGGCCAUUGACACAGGAAAGGUGACCGUUCGCUUCCAGCCUUUGCCUGCAGCCCCAAUUUUGAAAAAUCGGGUCUUCAAAAUCAGUGCUUCGCAGAAAUUUGAGACCGUCAUCAAGUUUCUCCGGAAGAAACUGAACUGCAAGCCUUCCGACUCCGUUAUUUGCUAUGUAAAUAGUACCUUUGCACCUGGACUCGACGAGGGUGUGGGAGGAUUAUGGAGAUGUUUCAAGACGGAUGACCAAUUGAUCGUGUCGUACUCCAUGACCCCUGCGUUUGGUUGA